AUGAGGUGGCCACGAUCGGCGGGGAGGACCUCGAAGGCGGCGAUCUCGAGGCCCUUCGGUCCGGUUCCGGUCCACUUCGAGCAUGCCAGUACUGUACGAGUACCGGGCCCGGUACUCCCGGCCUAUCAGCAUCCACGAUCUCACGGAAUUCCAGAGAAUCGGGCGGACCACGCUCUCCAGCGGCUUGUACUUGCCGGUCACGAUUGCAUUCUGAGGUACAAGGAGUCGGCCGGGAGGAUGUCGUCGGAGGAAGUGCCAAUCUGGGCGGGAAACUGCACAUUCGUCGUGCCAAUUUCUCCCCCUCGCCCCGUCGGGUUCCGCGUGCUCGACGCGUCUCGCGCGGACCGCUGCGGCGUGGCGACGCGGUGGACGGACUCGCUUUGUGAUAAUCGUGUGAUCGUCGUCACGGACUCGGACUUCUCCUUGAGCGCGCGGGAGGGAAGUCGCUUCGUCGCGGUUUGGGAAUCCCUGAGUCUUCCAGUGAGAGUGAGGGAGGACGCGGUCUUCCUCCUUGCGAAUUUCUCCCAGCGCCUGAGCGUGAGUCUGGAGGUGGAUUCGACAGCGACUCUUUCCUGCGUCUCCCGCGAUUGUUCUCCGUGCCUCGCCGCCUCGUCAUCCACAGAGUGUCUCCAGUCGCAGGACGCUGCGACUUCCUUCAACGCUUCCUCCUCCGACGUGACCUCCUCCGACGCUUCCUCCUCCACCACGACCUCCUUCAAUGUGACCUCCUCCGCCACGACCUCCUUCAACGCUUCCUCCUCCACCACGACCACCUUCAACGCGACCUCCACCACCGCGACCUCCUUCACCGCCUCCACCUCCGGCGUCGCCACCUUGAACAUCCGCCUCACCUCCCCCACCUGCUGCGAGCCCGACUGGACCCCAUUCCCAGGCGACGGCUGCAUCCUCCCCCUCGACGAGAAGCGGAGCUGGGCCGGGGCGAGCGACGCCUGCCUCGCCCUCGACGCCCGCCUCGUCGUCAUCGACGACCGGCUUCAGACGGAGGCCAUCGACGAUCUCCUGUCCGGAAGAGUCCUCAUCGCCCUCAUCGCCCUCAUCGCCCUCAUCGCCCUCAUCGCCCUCAUCGCCCUAGGGAAAUGGCAAGGUUUCAAAUCCGAUUUAGUUGCUCACACGGACUCAAAUCGGACUCAAAUCGGACUCGAAGCGCGAGGUCCCAUCAUCAUCGUGGACAUCCUCGCGAAGAGGCCUUCCCUUUCUUCGGGAUAUUUCUCCUUCUCUUCCCCGAUUCGCCUGCUCCCUCCUUCCCCAACGACCGAACGCAGCGGUGAAGCCACUCCCCUCGACGCGUGCAUCCUUUCUCCAACGACUCACUGCCUCUGUUGA